AUCUGUAAAAUGGGGCUCCUUCAAAAGGGAUUGAGGUCAUAUGCAGCAGGCCCAUGGUCCAGCACAUUCCAAAUGUCCAUCUGGCAAAGGGCAUCUGUCAUUUCCCUGGGCCCUCUUUCUCUCCUGGAGGGGCAAGGUGGGUCCCCCUCUCUAACCCCAACAUCCCUGCAGACUCUCUUCCAGAGCCCAGAAGAGGGCUGGCAGCUGUACACCUCGGCCCAGGCCCCCGAUGGGAAAUGCAUCUGCACGGCCGUGAUCCCCGCACAGAGCACCUGCUCCCGCGAUGGCCGGAGUCGGGAGCUGCGGCAGCUGAUGGAGAAGGUCCAGAACAUCUCCCAGUCCAUGGAGGUCCUUGAGCUGCGGACGUAUCGUGACCUCCAAUAUGUGCGCAGCAUGGAGACACUCAUGCGGAGCCUGGACGCACGGCUCCGGGCAGCCGAUGGAUCCCUCUCGGCCAAGAGCUUCCAGGAGCUGAAGGACAGGAUGACGGAGCUGUUGCCCCUGAGCUCGGUCCUGGAGCAGUACAAGGCGGACACGCGGACGAUUGUGCGCCUGCGGGAGGAGGUGAGGAAUCUCUCUGGCAGCCUCGCAGCCAUCCAGGAGGAGAUGGGCGCCUACGGGUACGAGGACCUGCAGCAGCGGGUGAUGGCACUGGAGGCCCGGCUCCAUGCCUGCGCCCAGAAGCUGGGCUGUGGGAAGCUGACUGGGGUCAGUAACCCCAUCACCAUACGGGCCAUGGGGUCCCGCUUCGGCUCUUGGAUGACCGACACGAUGGCCCCCAGUGCGGAUAGCCGGGUCUGGUACAUGGACGGCUAUUACAAGGGCCGGCGGGUUCUGGAGUUCCGCACUUUGGGAGACUUCAUCAAAGGCCAGAACUUUAUCCAGCACCUGCUGCCGCAGCCCUGGGCGGGCACGGGCCACGUGGUGUACAACGGCUCCCUGUUCUAUAACAAGUACCAGAGCAACGUGGUGGUCAAGUACCACUUCCGCUCACGCUCCGUGCUGGUGCAGAGGAGCCUCCCGGGGGCGGGCUACAACAACACCUUCCCCUACUCCUGGGGCGGCUUCUCCGACAUGGACUUCAUGGUGGAUGAGAGCGGGCUCUGGGCCGUGUAUACCACCAACCAGAACGCGGGUAACAUCGUGGUCAGCCGGCUGGACCCGCACACCCUGGAGGUCCUGCGGUCCUGGGACACCGGCUACCCCAAGCGCAGUGCCGGCGAGGCCUUCAUGAUCUGCGGCGUGCUCUAUGUGACCAACUCCCACCUGGCCGGCGCCAAGGUCUACUUUGCCUAUUUCACCAACACGUCCAGCUACGAGUACACGGACGUGCCCUUCCACAAUCAGUACUCCCACAUAUCCAUGCUGGAUUACAACCCCCGCGAGCGGGCCCUCUACACCUGGAACAAUGGCCACCAGGUGCUCUACAACGUCACCCUUUUCCACGUCAUCAGCACCUCGGGGGACCCCUAGGCACUGCUGUGGCUCAGGCUGCGGAGGGUCCUUCCCACUCUGCCUGUGUCCCUUAGAGUUUAUCACUCUGUCUCUGCCACGUUCUCUCCCCACCUUUUGGCCGAGUUUGUUCUCUGCCUGUUUCUAUCCAUGCAUUUUGUUGCUUCUCCUUUAUUUAUCUCUGCUUUUGAUACUCCACUUUUGUCUUUCUGCCUUUUUAUUGAUGUCCCUCUGUCUCUUUCUGUUAUUGAUCUGGCUCUCGAGUUCUCUUUCCGCCUCUGCCUCUUCAUCUCUCAGUUUCUCUCUUCUCCCUUCGCUCCUCUUUGCUUCCCCCAUGGCUCAUCACUCACUUUCCACCCUCACCCCCAGAAGUUGAGUGCAUGGAUCUGUUUCUUUUUUAUUUACACUUUUCCUUUCUGGGUUGCCGGAAUAAACAGGACCUUUGACAUUUGA